AUGAGACAAAAUUGCAACAAUUUCAUAACAAUUCUUUUUUCCUCACUUAAUGCAUUUCAUUGGUUGUCACAAAUUGUCGCGCAAGAAGAAUGGCGAGUUCCGGAUAUACCGGAAAAUGUUCACUGGAAAACGGAUGAUAACAGUAUAACAUUAUGGUGGGAUCCACCAUCGACAGCUGAUGAAAUUUUGGUUCGUGGAUAUACGAUAUCAUAUGGAAUUGGUACACCAAAUCGACGUGUAAUCAUCGAAGGAUCUAAUACAAAUGCUUUUACAAUUAAUAAACUUAAAUCCAAUACAACAUACGUCUUUGCAUUGACUGCAUAUAAUGAAGCGGAUGGUGAAGAUUCUGAAAAAGUACUUUUCACUGCUACCACCGAUAUUGGAAAAAAUUCAGAUGAACAAUUAAUUAAUUUACAAACACCAACAAAUGUUGAAGUGAAAGCAAUUUCACCUACUGAAAUUGCAAUACAAUGGGCAGAUCCAAAUGUUGACAUUUAUUAUGAUCAUCCAUCUGAAAGCAUCAAAUCAUUAUUUCAAAAGCGAAAAUAUAUAAUACAAUACGGUGAAUACCAAUCGUUGAAUUUGGAAAAAAUAACAUCAACAGUUCCAUACGUGCUUCUUAACAAUCUUCAACCAGGAACUGAUUAUGAAAUUAUCAUAAAAGUAAUUUUACCAAAUGGAAUCGAAUCAUCAUGGACUACUGGAGAAGUUAUUCGAACACCAACAAAUGUAUCACUAAAGAAAGGAUUAGGAGAGCUGUUCGAACUUCGAUUCAAUUUUGAGCAAUUAGAAAAAUGUUUCUUUUAUUCUGAUCCAUCAGCUCCACUUCAAUGGAAAAUGAUAGAAGCUAAAAGCUUUGAUGAAUUAAAGGUUCGCUCGGCAACACAUUUUGUAAGCUUGCAAUCAACGAUAUUUGAUAAGAAUUAUGGUCAGCUAAUAUCGACACCAAUCACUCUUAAUGAUAAUAAUUAUUGUCUAAGUAUAUUUACCGUUGGAUUAAUACAAGAAGUGGAUAGUUAUAAUGCUGGCAAUACUUUAUUCGUUGAAAAAUUUGAAGAAAUACCAAAAGAGCAUUGGCAUCAUUUACUUUUAGAUUUUAUUAAUCCAUCUGAUAUAUUUCAGGUAUCAUUGAAAGCUGAAAAAGAAGAUGGUGAUCAAUUCUGGUUAGCAUUAGAUGAUAUUACCCUAUCUUCCGGAAAAUGUAACAAUGAUCCGGAAGCAUUUUUACGUGAUAAUGAACAAUUUGCACGUUAG